AUGGCCCCUGAAGACUUUCUCCCUGCCUCUGUCUUCCGACUGACAGACGGUAAACCUUUCCCACCAACGUCUCCGAAGCUCGACGCCUCGAAGACCAAGAUAACCAGGACCGAAACUCCCAAGCAGGUCCCGGCUCUCGAUGCCCCCGAGCUGUCGGCCCACAACAUCUUCACUGACCACAUGGUUUAUGUGCGCUGGACAGCUGCAUCUGGCUGGGAAGAUCCGACCAUUAUCCCUCACGGUCCUCUAAGUUUACCUCCCUCUGCUAGCGUCCUUCACUACGCAACUGCCUGCUUCGAAGGCAUGAAGGCCUACCGAGGCCACGACGGGAAACUACGACUGUUCCGGCCAUGGCACAACACCGCUCGGAUGCUCGCCUCCGCAGCCCGCAUCUCACUCCCGAGCUUCGACCCGGAUGAACUUUUGAUGCUCAUCCAUCAGCUCUGUGCCCUCGACGCCCCCAGAUGGUUACCCUCCACAGCGGCCGGAUCAUCGCUGUAUAUUCGUCCAACAAUUGUCGGCACCGACGACAGCCUGGGCUUCCAAGGGCCCCGUGCAGCAAUCCUGUUUAUCAUCAUGUCGUACUGGCCCAGCCCCGUAGUCUCAGACGGUGGUGCUAGUGCUGGUGCUGGUGUUGGCCUGCGGCUGCGGACCAGUGACAAAGAUACUGUGCGUGCAUGGCCCGGCGGUUCGGGGUCGGCCAAGCUGGCUGCCAACUACGGCCCAUCCAUCUUGGCGCACACACAAGCUAAGAGACACGGCUGCGAUCAUGUGCUGUGGCUGCUUGGGUGCGAUGGGCGUGUGACCGAGGCGGGAGCGAUGAAUUUUUUUGUGAUUUGGAGGACCGAAAAAGGACUGCUCCAGCUUGUGACGCCGUCUUUAGACGAGCAUACCAUUCUGGCCGGAGUGACCCGGCAAUCUGUGCUUGACCUUGCCCGCGAGCGUUUGUCUCUAUCUGCGAGCGUGGACCUUCCAAAUGGGGUCGAACCGGUAGAGACUGUCGAAUGUAUCUUUACCAUUCAUGAUAUUGCCAAGGCUGCGGAGGAAGGGAAACUGGUCGCUUCAUUCGGGGUGGGCACGGCAGCUUCGGUCGUCCCGGUGGGUGAGAUACACCAUGAAUCGAAGAAGAUCGUGGUCGAGUCCAAUGCAUCACCGCACAUCUCUCUGCUACGGAGGUGGAUGGCGAAUAUUACAUGUGGCAGGGAGCAGAGCUCGUGGACGGAUGUGGUGGACGAGAGUGGCUCAUUGUAG